CUUGGCGUUUGCUUAUCAUUUGGUAAACCAAACGAAAGAUCCUCAUCUUACAAUGUCACAGUCUAUCGGAAACUUACUGUCUGCCCCUGGUGAUCGACAGGGAAAGUCCGCAGCUGCGGCAGUGUUUCUCACAUCUCUAUCCGAGCUUAGUGAAGCCCUAUCUCAUUUAAUAGAGCAACUCUCGCAUGGAGUGCACGAUGCGGCAGUGAGGGGCGAGAUAAAUCUUGAUGGCGCAACGACCCUUGAAUACAUCGACAACGCUAUACAACUUCAAUCAGAAAUCACGGAUACAAUGCAGAGCCUGCUGAACAGUCUCACAGGCCCAAGUAUACAUUAUGGUGGGGGUACGGUGUUUGAGAUUAAAAGCAGGCUGUAGGAAGACAGAUGCUUGCAGGCUUAGCGG